GUUUACGGGAGACUGGAAAGGGGUGCUCGGCAAAAAUGGUUGGAGGCAAACCGUGAUGGGAGGCGAAAGCGGCGGCGGGGGUUGGAGCGGCGGUGAGUUAAAUACCGAGAGAGAACCAGAGGGGAGCCGACGUACGAGAGAUGGAAGCUGGGAAAAGCAUCGGGCAGGUUCAGUAUUAGGGUUUAGGGAAUUUUAGGUAGAGAGGGGCGGGCAAGAGCUGCUUCCUAACUGGACAUCAACUUUAGCACGAUUUUAAGGAGCCAAGUUCAGACGAUCUGAGCCGCCUUUGGAUUUGAGGUUAGGGCUCCAACUGGAGGCGCUCAACUUAGGUUCCUUCCUAGCUCAACCGAAAACCCGGGGUAAAUUCUCCCAAUGCCCCACGCUUGAGAGGAGGAAUUGGGAUGUUGGCUGCUUACAUGCCACGGGGAUGAGAGGACGGGCAAGCCCCAGAGUAAAGGAUGAAUGUGGGAGUAGCACACAGCGAAGUAAACCCCAACACUCGAGUGAUGAAUAGCCGGGGCAUCUGGCUGGCCUACAUCAUCUUGGUAGGACUCCUGCAUGUGGUGCUACUCAGCAUCCCCUUCUUCAGCAUUCCUGUUGUCUGGACCCUGACCAACGUCAUCCAUAACUUGGCCAUGUAUGUCUUCCUACAUACGGUGAAAGGGACACCCUUUGAGACCCCUGACCAAGGAAAGGCUCGGCUACUGACACACUGGGAACAGAUGGACUACGGGCUCCAAUUUACCUCUUCCCGCAAAUUCCUCAGCAUCUCUCCUAUUGUACUCUACCUCCUAGCCAGCUUCUACACCAAGUAUGAUGCUGCUCACUUCCUCAUCAACACAACCUCAUUGCUCAGCGUACUGCUGCCUAAAUUGCCCCAAUUCCAUGGGGUUCGUCUCUUUGGCAUCAAUAAAUACUGAGGGAUGGGACUGGGGACAACAUUGGAACAAAAGGCUGUAACAUCUUUCCCUUCUCCAUACUGUCUUCCUUUUCUUGGAAGCCUGAGAACUAUACAACUGUUCCAAAACUCCCAGAAUGAGAACUGAUUGGAAAAUGGGGCUCCCUGGGAGUAGCCCUGCUAGGAGCAGGCUUCUUUGAAUCGGGAAAGGCAGAUGAGGUAAGGGACAAAUCACUCUCCUCCACAGGAGGCCAUGUUUGGGCAGCUUGUUUGGUUUUCCCAUGUCUUCCACCCCCACUACCUCCAGCUCUGUUUUGCUGUGUAUUUCCCUCAUAAUAAAGGUCAUUUUUUUUUCA